GCUGGCCGAUCUCACAAGAUUAAUAAACAUAAGUGGUCGCGGUCGGCAAAGGCAACAUGACCUACCGACUAUGUGCGUUGGUUUUCAGCCUCAUUUUGGCUGUUUCGAUUUCCAGCGCUUUGGGAUUCUCAAAAGUGUAUCCCAAAGUUCGAAGCGUCCCUCUUGAUGGCGACCCAGGUGAGCCUCUCUUCCUCACGCCGCUGCUCAAAGCUGGAAAAUUCAAGGAGGCCAGGGACAAGGCGCUGGUCACACCCUUGAAGGGCGCCGAGACCGUGGUCAGCUACUCAGGCUACUUCACUGUGGACGAGGCCUUCAAUUCCAACAUGUUUUUCUGGUUCUUCCCAGCAGAGAGCAAUUAUUUGAACGCCCCUGUCGUACUUUGGCUGCAAGGAGGCCCCGGCGCCACGUCCCUUUUCGGGCUCUUCACUGAAAACGGACCGUUGCUGGUCAAGACAAAUCAAGUUCUAAGCACGCGCCAAUAUACGUGGAGCAAAUCCCACAACCUAAUCUACAUUGACAAUCCAGUCGGCACCGGUUUCAGUUUCACUGACGCCGAUGAUGGUUUUUCUCGCAAUCAAACUGCGGUUGGAAAGAAUUUGUACAGUGCAUUGUUGCAAUUUUUCGACCUGUUCCCGGAAUUGGUCAAAAAUGAGUUUUACGUAACUGGCGAGUCGUAUGCUGGCAAAUACGUUCCAGCCAUUUCUUAUACGAUCCACAAAGAAAACCCAACAGCAUCAUUGAAAAUUAAUUUUCAAGGCAUGGCUAUUGGCAACGGUUUGAUUGAUCCCGAGCACAUGCUCCACUAUGGCGACUACCUAUACCAACUAGGCCUUAUCGACAUAAACGCGCGCGCCGAGUUCCACAAACAGGAGCAGCAGGGAAUCGACGCCAUAAAACAGGGCCAGUGGGACAAGGCGUUUGCAGUUUUUGACGGCCUCAUCAACGGCGAUUUGACCACUCAGCCAGCUCUGUUCAAAAAUCUCACCGGCUUUGAUUUCUACUUCAACUACCUGCACAGCAAAGAUCCUGCCGACGCCGACCCGACGGCAGAUUUUGGCACCUUCGUUCAAACCGCCGUGGUCAGAAAGUCGAUCCACGUCGGUAAUCGCACGUUCGGAGGUACCGAGGCCCAGAAAGUCGAGGAGUUCCUGCAGCAGGAUGUGAUGAAGUCCGUACGCCCUUGGAUUCAGGAGAUCCUUGAAAAGUACCGAGUCCUUAUCUACAACGGACAACUUGAUAUUAUCGUCGCGUACCCCCUGACACUCGGAGCACUCAGGGCUUUGGAGUGGAGCGCUCAGGGAGAAUAUGCGCAGGCACCACGUUACCAGUGGUACGUUGGCAGCGAACUGGCCGGAUUUGUCAAGACUGCGGGCAAACUGACCGAGGUGUUGGUUAGAAACGCCGGACACAUGGUUCCUGGCGAUCAGCCCAGAUGGGGAAUGGACCUCAUUCAAAGAUUCACGCAAAACAAGCCGUUUCAUUGAUUGUCGUUAAAAAUUAAUUAUUAUUGGAGCCAACAAAAGUAAUAAUAAAAUAAAAUGACUUCAACAAGUGAUUAAAAAUUUAAA